CCAACUCCCAUUAGAGAUCUUCUCCAGUAUGCUAGAUAAUUCCUGAAGAAGCUUCCAGACACGCUGCAUUUUCCCUGUCAAACAUCCAAAUAAACAAUCUACAAAAUAGAGGUAAUCCACAGUUGAGCGUGAAGAUUUGAUUAGAGAAAAUGGCGUCCUUCUUUGGCGACCCUAUUCGGCGAUUAUUAUGGAGUCCGGCCAUCUACUACCACACUCCUCCCGGCUCUGCUGCUCUCCUCGAUUGGCUGGAGUCCCCAACGGCUCACAUCUUCAAGAUCAAUGUCCCAGGGUAUACAAGGGAGGAGAUGAAGGUACAAGUGGAAGAGGGGAACAUAUUGGUAGUGAAGGCGGAAGGGGGUAAAGACAGAUUUCACGAGAAAGAGAAAAAUAAAGAGUUAGUUUGGCAUGUGGCGGAGAGGGGCGGAGGAAAGGGAGAUUUUUCCCGGGUAAUAGAGCUGCCGGAAGGCGUGAAGACAGACCAAAUUAAGGCUCAAGUGGAGAAUGGUGUGCUUACAGUGAUUGUGCCCAAAGAUACUUCAAGCUCCAGCAGGCAGUCAAAAAUCAGAAACAUAAAUAUCGCCACCAGCAAGCUCUGAUGCUCCCUAUAUACUCGUAUUUUUAUAGUUAGUGUCAUUCACUGGUUCAGUAUAAGAAAUUGAUGGUGGCUUGUUGGUCAUAUGUAGUAUAUUCACUGUGCAAAGGGAUAAAAGUCCAGGAGCCCUCAUAUAUCCUUUUAAUAAAUGCAUAUGUAUUUUAUAUUAUCAUCAUAUUUGCUGUAUUUGUUGAUUAGAAAUGUAUUGACAUCUUCUAAAUAAUAGCAAUACAUUUAUCAAAUCUACUUUUCUGUUCGUGUGCAUUGAUUAUCCCAACUGUCCAUCUAUCUGUACAUCAAUUACGGAGUAUAAUUUAUACUCAUCUGUUCUAUUGAAUGUGCAUCACUUUAUCAUUGAGAAUUGC